AUGGCCCCUCACUACAUACUACUUGUCGAAAAGCUCAAGCUACUUCCACAACUAAUGGAGUUUGACAUCAGAUACGACCCAAAGACCAAAGGCGUGGUAUUCACCCAGGAGCCCGAGGAGCCCAAUCUGCAGCUCAGCUUGGAGAUGGAGCAGCUCAGCACUCUCACCACAGAGCUUAUUGGCAUCACCGACCCGUACCCGCCAAAGCCAACAGCAGAGUCCUUCAACAAGGACUUGUCCAAAAUGAUCAAGAAAUUGUACGAAGGAGGUGUUCAGAGCUUCAAGCAAGAAAAGUACGCGGACCUGGCCAAGCAGUUCACCAUUGCCAUCGAAGUGAUCAACAGGAGAAACAAGUUUGAGCUGUUUCUGGGGACCCUCCAGGAGCUUGGGCUCUUGUUGAUGAGCAGAGCUGAUGCCUACCUCAAGUGCAAAGAAUAUUUGAAGGCGUUCAAUGACGCAGAUAUGUUGAUUGGCAUGAUGAUGUGUACGCCAGAGAAUUUUUUAAGGAGAGGUGUGGCCAACUACUUUUUGGGCAACUACGAAGACGCCAGGGCAGAUUACCAGAGAGGUCUUGCCUUUGAUGAGGAUAACGAAAGGCUCAUUACUGAGUUGGACAUCUGCUUGGACAAGAUACUCGAGGAAAAUGGGGAUUACCUCUAA